GUUGAUUAGAUCUUCUUCUUAUAUGUUUUGUUGUUUUUGACUGUAGUUUCUAUAUCAAGGAUUCUUUAUUUACAGAGCGACGAGCUGCAUUCGCCUGACGACAGUUUUUCUUUAUCAUCAGAUCACCCGCUACUAUCGCAAUUCAAUUCUUCCAUAAAUCUCAAUAAUCAACUUCAUAAUGUCCUCCCAAACCGCCUUGUCCGCACGCAGUGCUUACCGCCAACUCCUCCGCGCUACCCGCAUUGCCUUCCGGGAUGAUGUCCGUGUUAUGAUUGCUGCCCGUCAAGAGGCUCGCCGGAAUUUCGACAGCCACCGCCGCGAAGGCAUUGAUACUCCGAUGCAGAUCAACCAUGCGCUCGAAGUGGCGAACAUUCUCAGACACAACAUUGUCCAGGGUGUACGGGAACAAAAUGACGAGAAUGCCAAGUGGGAACUCCGCAUUCAUGACGACAUCGAGCGCGGCGAUAACGACACCAUCAGAGUUAAGGGAAAGACUGUCAAGGUGGACAAGGCAUGCUCGUCAUAGAGGGAGGAUUUUCCGUGUGGAAUCUGACUGUCUGGAAGCCUAUGCAUGGGUGAAAGGAUGACUGCAGACUAUGGCAUUUGCAGACUGUAUUAUAGUAUACCCAAACUUUUCUCUCUCCUUCCGGCGUCUUUGGGGGUAUUUUAUGGUUUAAUC